CGGCAACGGUGAACGGACGGUUUCAUAAUUGUUUCAGAAUUCCAAAUAAACUCCUCAGUCCUAUUGUAGAAGUCAGAAGUUAAAUUUUUAUUUACAAUGCCUCACGUUGAAAUAGACAUUCCACAAAAAGUGGACCAACCAAACCCACGGAAUAAUCCAGCUAUUUUUAAAAUAUUUCAUAAUGUCCAAUAUAAUGUAGUGCAACACAAAAAAUACGUGAAAGAAAUGAUAAAACUUUAUAAAAAGAUAGAUCAAGAUACUUUUCGCGAAAGUUUUAAAAAUGCACUGCAUUAUUUGUUUACCUUUGGGGAUACGAGUGCCAACGUUGAUCGUGUGGUGCAAUUUGUAGCUACUUUUUGUACUUCGCUUGACGAUGAAGAGGAAUUUCUUAUGUUUAUAUUUGAAAUUAUAUUUGACUGUCAGUGUGUGUCGGGACAGUCUGUGAGAUACCGCGCUAGCCAACUGCUGGCAGCUGUGCUUGCUGCACUUGGUGAUGAUGCAUCACUAGAUGAUGAUUUGUGUGAUAAGUUGUUAGCAUCUCAGAUGCAACGGCUUCAAGAUACUCGUGGCGCAGUACGAUGCCGGGCCGCACUGGCCCUACAGCGUUUACAAAAUCCUAUGGAGCCUGAUGAUGAGGUGACGCGAGCAUAUCGGUUUCACAUGAGCUGUGACCCCAGUUCAUCUGUUAGGAGAGCGAUAGUAAUGUCCAUAGCCAAAUGCACCCGUAAUGUGCCAUUUGUGUUGGAGAGACUGUGCGAUGUGGACGAUGCAGUGCGCCGAGCCGCUUUUCUGUAUAUAUCUGCUAUUAAUGUUACUCAGCUACGAGUUAAACAGAGAUUGCUCACUUUGAAGGUUGGACUUACUGAACGUAGUCCGCGUGUAAAGAGGGUGGUUGAGGAAAUUUUAAUACCUGGCUGGUUGAGUACUUUUGAAGGCAAUAUUGUACACCUCUUAAAGGCUAUAAGGUUAGAUAAUGCGCAUGAUGCGAAGGACUCGCAGUAUGUUGCAGGCAAAUUGUUGGAAUCACUAUUUAAGCGACUUUCAAUCUCUGAGCUAUUAGAAUGGUUGCCGACAGAAAAAUCCCUAAGACUAGUGCCAGCUGAGAAGUUGAAUAAAGAAACAGCAUGGUAUUGGCGCCAUCUAGCGGAACAUCUGCAUAAGAUUGAGGACGACGAAACGCUAGAAGUGGUGCUACCUGAUCUGGUUGUUUUGACUGGAUAUAUUAGAGCUAUUGUAGAAUCGCCAUGCCCUUCGGAAAGCGAGGACCCAGUUGGUUUCAGUACUCGCCAGUAUGUGUUGCAUGAACUGGCCAGCAUGCUGAAGGUAUACGAUGCAACUGAUCCCACUGGCCGUACUGCACUGCAAACCCUUAUUACUGAUACUCUUACUGGAGAGUACGGGCCGCUAGAUGCAGACGUGAUUCGUGCGUUCGUAUCUGCCCUAGAACUGGUUUUAUCGGAUGUGACGCAACGCAUGGAGGUUGUGUGUCGUGUUAUAUCCGCUUUGCGGGAUCCACCGGAUGUUGAGCCGGUCGCACCGCCGCCUGUGGAUAGCGCCGAGGUUAAACUGAAGAGAGCAAGACUUCGGGUGUCUUUAAAUGUUGCCAUAGAAGCUCAAGAGGAAGCUGUGAGGGAUGAAAACUAUGCCCUUGCAGCGGAAUGUAAAGCCAAAGUUGCUGAUAUUCAAAAGAAAUUGGAGGAUCUAAACAUUGAUGCUACACCGCAACCGCCUAUUACUACCAUUAAAGAGAAAGCGUCAGAUACAGAAACGUUGAACAAGUGCCUGACAAUACUCAACAGUGCAUUAGACACGCCGCAGUUGAAGUCAGUUACGCCCAUGUUGCAAAUGAUGUUCACUGAACUGGAGGAAGAAAUAUUCCAAAAUGUUGAAAUAUUGGAUAAUGCCUUAGAAACGGUAGCUCUGUUUGGAAUGCUAGACAAAGAGUUUGCGAGAGAGCAUAAGGCUUUCUUCUUUGCUAACCUAAUAGACACAACAAACGAGCCCACAGUGUCAACAGUGUUGCGUUGCAUAAUAGAUUUGCUGUGCGUGCACGGCGCUAAAGUGUUCGAAGAUGAUGACGUCACACAAAGUGAUAGCAAAGUUAGCAAAAAGAAACGCAACACACUGCAAUCUGAAGAUGCUACUGAAGAAGAUGGUACAUUAUCUGAAUCAGCAAUAUCAUUAUCGCCAACUCAUAGCACUGUCAUUGAACUACUUUUGAAAAUAAUGGAAAGUGCUUGCGCCACAUAUCGACUUAUUAUUGUUGAAGGCAUUUGUCGAUUAUUAUAUUUGGGUCAUCUGGAAUCGCCAGCAAUUCUCAGCCGUUUGAUGUUACUCUGGUUCAAUCCUGCCACAGUGGAGGAAGAUAUGCUACGUCAAAUUAUAGGCGUGUUUUUCCAAACAUUCCCGAUAAGCGUGGAUGGGGCACAGGAACAAAUUCAGAAAGCGACAUUGCCAACACUCAGAGCGCUAGCAAACGCACCGUCGAGUUCUCCGAUCGCUGAGAUCGACCAAGAGGCUGUGGUCAAGUUUAUCGUGUCUCUCACUAGAGUUAACCAUGAGUUCAUAGACAGUCAAGGAGCAAUGGCGAUGGUGCUAUGUGGAUACCUAGUUCGUCAGCCGGCGUCGCCUGAAGUGGGGCUGGCGUGUCGAAUGCUAGCGUUACUCUCACCGCCCAGAGAAGCGAAUGUUGCUUCCGACUUGGCCACUAUGUUGAGGCAUUUAUGCACGAAAUUGCCUGAUAAACAGUCGUGUCGAAACCUAACGCGAUAUCUCGGCGCGUUAGAAGCAAUGGAGAGGGCGAGUCUUAAUAAAAUGUCCAAUACGGGUAUAACUGAAGGAACAUUGGCUGGUGAAGACUCAUUAGGUAUACUGGGACGGACCACAUCUUCUUUACCGCAACCGUUAGCACGCAGCACGCAUGUAGUUAUAAAUGAAACAGUUGAAGAAGAAGUGGAAAUCGACGAAUCUUCGCCAACUGAACCGUCACAUAUAUCGAAAGUACAAGCGGAACCCUUCCAAGAUACGCAUACGUCAGCUGCCCAAUCAUCAGACACAGAUUCCGUCGUACCAUCCAAGGAUGUUUCAAAUAGCGGUUCAGAAGGAAGCAGUGGAGUUUCGCCAGUAAAGAAAGCCAAAAUUACUAAAGGUAAGAAAAAGAAGCUGUCAAUGACGAAACAAACAAAAACAAAUGCUAUAGAAAAAGACAAAGAGAGCAAGACAGCAAAUGGAAAGAAGCAAAAUGAAAAAGGGUAUAAGAGGAGUCGGUCACAGCGAUCGGUAGAAGAUACUGAUAGAGCUAAAACUAAGGCAGUAAGCAAGUCGAAAGAGCAGCAGGAACAGAAAUCACCAGCAUCCGAUCUCGAUGUAUCCAAUAUAACGGUACGCAAGACGCGCGGCGGCAAGUCCGGUUCCAGCUCAGACUCUCCGAGCUCUGGGCGAAGUGGCCAGGGCGGUGAAAAGAAAACGCAAGACAAAGCCCCAGCGCCGCGGCGUUCCACUCGCUCGUCGACGGGUUCCCGCAGCAGUGCGGCGGAACAGUUCAUGGCGAACGAUUCAGCGGACGACACAGAGCUGCACACUAUUGUCUAUGAUAAUGAUUUUCAACAAUCUUUACUAAAUGAAACCGAGAAUGACAGCAGAAGAGUAAGCAAAUCCAACAUUACUAUACCAGAGACACCGGAGGCUAGCGAAGGGUCGGAUUCUGAACCAGAACCUAUACCAAAAGGCAAAGGAAAACGUACAAAUAAGAAAUAAUUGUAAAAUAUUAAAUAAAAUGUUUAUUUUCAUAGAACCUCUCUUAUUACUAAUACCUAAGUAACAAUUAAUUCCAUUACACAUAAUUGUUGGACAACUUUUAUCUUACUUUUAGACAUAUUCUUGUAAUAAGAAAUCUUUUAAAGUCAAACCUUUUGGAAAAAAAA